ACCAUCCAACUCCAGGUCGGACAGUGGGAGUCAGGACUCUGAUUCGGAUAGUUCGGUGUGGAGUGACAGCAGUUCUUCUGCCUCGGAUGAUGAACAGAAAAAGGAGGAUGAAGAUGGUGAUUCUAGCCCUAUGAACAAACCCUUACCAAGAAGAAAACCGCAGCUCACUGCUCCAAAGCUAACCUUAAGUGAUGGCUCGUUUAGAGGUGCUGGAAGGAAUGACGAGUUUUCAUCCGGGAAACCCAGUGUUGCUGAUUCCAAAGCUCCUGGCUCUCCUGCACAAAAGGGUAACUCAGCCCAGAUAUACAAACCCUCACACACCUUUACAUCACCCAGUGCUGCAUGUAUAGCUGCUGUUGGGUUUGGGGUUAAUAAGACUACCAAAGGUUCAUUAUUAGAUGAAAAAGUGUUGUCCAAAUCGAGUGUUUUCAGUGAUGAUGAUAAUAGUGAUGGGAGUGAUAAUGAGAGAAGUGAGAAUACAAAGAAACUUGGGUUUCCAUCCAGUGUUGAUGAUACUAAGCAGUUAUUACCAGUGUCGAUGCCAAAAUUGUCUGAAAAUAACUUGUGUAGAAGUGAAGUAAUCUCUGUAAAUAACAAGGAAACAGUCCAAGAAAGUUGUACCAGUGAAGUUUUGGACAUCAUAAAGGAGAAAGGGGCAUUAGUUAGUGAAACUAAGUGUGAGAAAAGUAUAACUGAUGAGGACAAAAUCUCUAAUCCUAAAUGUAUUAUUGAAAAUAAAGGUAAUAUACCUUUGCAUACGUUAAAGGUUGAGGAGACAAGAACUGUAUCUUUCCAGCCAUAUAAAAGAGGCAGCAUUUCCCCACCUGAGAAGAAGUGUGACCUUACAUCUCCACGGUGGGAUGAGUGUGACAAAGAGAAAGCAGAGGAGGCCAGAAACAAAGCCAUAUCCCUCUCAGAGUUACUUAAUCGGGAAUUUGAUCGGUUGUUGUCUAGCACAAAAAGUAGUUCUAUGCAACAAAGUGAACAGAAAACUGUAGUUUUGGGAAACGAUUUCUCAAAGCACCCAGUGAUAAAAGAAACUGUCGAGAACACAACAAAGUUCAAUAAAGUUUAUGAUGUAGUAAAAUUGUGUAGGUCAUUGAAUUAUUCUGCUACUGCAAAUGAGAUUAAUAAUUGGCAAAAUAAUAAAGUUGGCAAGAAGGAAAAAUUCAUUAGCUCUGUGGAUCAUUUCACUCAACCUUUGCCAGCUGGAAACCGCACAGAUAGUGAAGACCUGAAUCUUGAAAGAAGUAGGGCAAAAGUGACAAAUAAUACUCCAACAAUUGACAAACCAGAAUCUCUGAAAGUAGAUGAAAAAAGUAGUGAAAUUAGCAAAGAAUUGCCAGAGAAAAGCUCUAAUGAUAAGAAAUUAUCAAUGGUUGAUUGCUCAGAAGUAAAACUUGGUGCUGAACCCUUUCCUGAGAAAAAAAAUUGUCGAGACCAGAGCAACGAGAGGAAGCUGCACAGAGAUGCUAAUAUAGAGAAAAAGGUUUGCAAAGAAGUCCAGUUAGAGAAAAAUGUAAGCAAGGAGAGUAGCACAGAUAAAACUUCUAAUAAGGAAUUAUAUUUUGAAAAGAAAGCUGGAAAAGCUUCUGCACAUGAAAGGAAAAAUGGUAAAGAAAGAGAAAGCUCUGCUGAGAAGAGAUCAAAUAAGGACACCAAUCCUCGAAAAACUUCAAAGGACAACAGUUUCGAAAAGAAGUCAAGUAAAGAAAUAGAUUUGGAGAAAAAACUACCCAAGGAGAGUGAUGUACUUGUACGAACAGGUGCAGAUGUUCUUGCAGAAAGGAAAAUUACUAAAGAAACUUCUCAGAGCAAGAAGGUUAGAAAUGAAGUUAAUUCAGAGAAGAAAACACCCAACAAAGAUAAUUUAAGUGGAAUUAAAAAUCAAGAAAUCUCAGAAAAGGUUGUUGUACCAGUGGCCAUAGAUUUUAGUAGUGAAAAGAAAGUGAAAAAGGAUUCCAAUGAGAUGAAGUCUAGAGAUGGUAACCUUGAAAGAAAAUCAAGCAAGGAUAAUGUGGAUAAAAAUAGAAAGAUUGUGUCACCAGAAAAGAAGACAAGAGACAGUUCACAGGAUAAGAAGUCGAGCAAGGAAAGUCAUCAGGAGAAGACAAGUUUGGAAAGUGUGCAAGACAAGAAAUCAGGCAGAGAUGUACAUCUUGAUAAAGAUCACAUCAAAGAUGUGUAUCCAGAGAAGAAUAUUAAGGAUCCUUCCCCGGAGAAGAAAUCUACCAAAGAUUUGUCUCUUGAGAAGAAAUCUUUCAAAGAUUCAUCUCUCGAUAAGAAAUUGGUUAGAGAAGCAUCUGAUGAAAAGAGAACACAUGAGACUCCAGAGAAGAAGCCAGGUAAGAUACAUCUCCUGAGAAGAAAUCACAUAAGGAUGCUGUCUCAGAGAGAAAGACUUUUAAGAGUAUUGCUGCAGAAAGGAAAUCAAAUAAGGAAGUGACCCCAGAAAAGAGGCAAACUAAAGAUCAUUUAGAUUC